AAAAAAAGCGAAGGAGAGUUCAGAAAGGUGUCGUCUCCACUAUCAUCAAUCAGAGUUUCUUAUCUGUCGAUUUUGAUUGUUUAAGGAAUUUCCGGGAAUAUGGCGGAUACUUGUUUGGGUCCCGCGCUUUCCUUUCCCUCCUCAGAUUCUCAUUCAUCAAUUAUAAAUGCCCUAAUUCCAUUUCCCUUCUUUCUCUCUCAUCAUCCCACUUUUUCUCUCUCUUCUUCCAUGGCGACAACCACCUUCAAAACUAACAAUGCUCAUCGCUGUCACUCUUCUUCUGCUUCCGCCACCACCAAUUCCAUUUCCCCUCAGCCCCAGCCAUCUCUGCUUGUUUUUUCCGGUGGAACUGCCUUUAAUGGUGUCGUUGAAGAGCUCAAAAAGUUAACAACCCGUGUGGCCCACGUUCUUCCCGUUUCUGAUGACGGAGGAAGCACAGCUGAAAUUGUUCGUGUUCUUGGUGGGCCAGCUGUCGGUGACAUUCGAUCAAGAUGUUUGAGACUGUCUGAUGAAAGUACGUCCGAGGCUCUCGCGGUGCGGAAACUGCUAGGCCAUCGGUUACCUCUCGAGGCACAAAAUGCAAAAUUCGAAUGGUAUGAUAUUGUUGAAGGGAAGCACUCUCUGUGGACAGGUGUCUCAAAACCGUACAGGGAAACUAUCCGAUCUUUCUUGGCUUAUUUCCAGGAUCAGAUCCUAAGGAGGUCCGACGAAUCAUUUUGCUUCAGCAAUGGAAGUAUAGGGAAUUUUUUCUUUGCUGGAGCGAGAAUAUUCUUUCAGUCUUUAGAUGCUGCGAUUUUUUUGUUUUCACGUGUAUCGGAAAUUCCCCAUGAAAGCCUGGUCCUCCCAGUCAUAUCCACAAACGAUAGGCUCACCUUGGGCUGUGAAUUAUGGGAUGGAACUAUAAUACGAGGUCAAAAUGAAAUAUCUCAUCCCACCAAUGGAUAUAUGGAGCCCGUAAAUAAGAGUAACUCCUUAGUUCCGACUCUUCCUUCGAAAAUAAAGCGAGUAUUUUACAUAUCAAGUGAAGGCAGCAAUUUAUUACAUGAGGUAUUUCCAUCUGUAAAUCCAGCUGUCUUGGAGCAGUUGAAGAGCGUGGACUGCAUUAUCUUUGCCAUGGGUUCACUAUUUACUUCCAUAUGCCCAUCUCUGGUUUUACUUGGAAUUGGCGAAAUUAUUUCGUCAAGAUCAUGCCCCAAGGUACUUCUGUUGAACGGUACACGCGAUAGAGAAACAAGUGGCUUUACGGCUUCUUGUUUUGUCACAGCUAUUACGGAUGCGUUGAACCGAACUUCAGGCAAUCCUCACAAGUGCCUACAGAAUCCUCCAAGUCAAUACAUCAACACGAUCUUCGUGCCCAAAGAUGGUCAGAUUCCAAUAGAUACUAAUUGCUUGGCGGAUCAAGGGAUUUUUCACGUGGUAACGGUGGAGUCAAUACACGAUUCAAAAGCUGGCGUAUUUUUCGAUCCAAAAGCAUUAAUUCAAUCUCUGUCCAAUCUUCUACUGAGUGAGCUGAAGAUAUGAGUUUGGUUACUGUGUGUACAUAAAUCUGCCUGAGACAUGGUCUUCGUCGGUCAAUGAUUCACCCAACUGUACAUUGUGCUUUAGUUUGUUGUACAUUGUUCGACAUUAGCAUAUACGUUUAAUUGCGAAAAAAAUAAAGAGAUAUUAGAAUUGAUUUUCAGUUUGAA